AAUGAAAACCUAUUCCAACACUGUCGGGUUUCUUUAUAGUCAUCGAGGAGCUGCUUUGUUCCGUUGCCUUUGGUUCAACGCUGCGCCGCCUCCGCUGAUAUCCCGAUCGAGUAAGGCGAUGGCUCCGGGUCUAUACUCCGAUAUCGGCAAGAGGACUAGGGAUCUUCUAUAUAAGGAUUACCAGACAGAUCAUAAGUUUACAGUCACGACAUACUCCUCUACCGGCGUUGCAAUUACUGCUUCGGGAACAAAGAAAAGUGAUUUGAUUUUUGGGGAGAUCCAGUCUGUGAUAAAGAACAAUAAUAUUACGUUUGAUGUGAAGGCAAAGUCAGACUCAAAUGUUACAACAACAGUUACCGUUGAUGAAUUCACAGUACCCGGUUUAAAGACAAUUUUUAGUUUUGUUGUCCCAGAUCAAAGGUCUGGAAAGAUCGAACUUCAAUAUCUGCAUGCUUAUACUGGGGUUAAUGCCAGCAUUGGAUUGACUGCCAAUCCUGUUGUCAAUCUGUCCAGUGUAGUUGGUACUAAAACUUUUGCUGUUGGUGCUGAUGUAGCAUAUGAUACAGCAUCAGGUAAUUUCACCAAGUACAAUGCUGGGUUUAGCGUCAUCAAUGCCGACCUUAUUGCUGCAUUGAAUUUGAACAACAAGGGCGAUAGCUUGAGCGCAUCAUACUACCACUUGGUCAGUCCAUUGUCGAACACAGCAGUCGGCGCAGAGUUCACUCACAACUUUCCGACUAAUGAGAACACCCUCACCUUUGGGACACAGCAUGCCUUGGACCCUCUGACCUUGGUGAAGGCACGCUUCAACAGUUACGGUAAGGCUAGCGCUCUCAUUCAGCAUGAAUGGAGGCCAAAAUCAUUCCUAACCAUCUCCGGGGAGGUGGACACCAAGGCCAUCGAGAAGAGCUCGAAGGUUGGCUUGGCCCUGGUGCUCAAGCCUUGACACGGGGACUCCUGAUCUGCUUGCUCCAAUUUCGAAGUUCCAUGCAGCGAAUGGAGUUUUGACAACUCAUGAUGGUGGUUUCAUCGUGACUCGGUCAGAUUUUGCUUGCAAAUUGUUUUUAGCUGCUACUCAUGGUGCAUUUUGGCUUUCCACUAAUGCAAUUUGGCAUGUAAUAAUGAAAUUCUUGUGGGGUGAUUAGAAACUGAGAUGGCGACCACCCUUAUGACUUUUUUUUAUCCUUUUAAACUCGUUCUGAGCACAGGUAAUGCUAAACUGUGUUUUCUCUUUA